UGAGAACAAUCGUCUGUUGAUGGCAGCUAUGAGGCUCACCCUGUUCCGCAUUGUGUGUCUGCUGCCAGGCUGCCUGGCCCUGCCACUGUCCCAGGAAGCCGGAGAAGUGACCGCACUUCAGUGGGAACAGGCGCAGAAUUAUCUUAGGAAAUUUUACCUUCACGACUCUAAAACAAAGAAGGCCACCAGUGCAGUGGACAAACUGAGGGAAAUGCAGAAGUUCUUCGGUUUGCCGGAGACUGGAAAGCUGUCCCCCCGUGUCAUGGAGAUAAUGCAGAAGCCCAGGUGUGGAGUGCCAGAUGUUGCAGAAUUCUCACUAAUGCCAAACAGUCCUAAGUGGCAUUCCAGAACUGUCACCUACAGAAUCGUGUCCUAUACUACAGACUUGCCUCGGUUCUUAGUAGAUCAAAUCGUGAAAAGAGCUCUCAGAAUGUGGAGUAUGCAAAUCCCACUGAACUUCAAGAGGGUUAGUUGGGGGACUGCAGACAUCAUAAUUGGCUUCGCAAGGGGAGAUCACGGAGACAACUUCCCAUUUGAUGGGCCAGGAAACACUCUAGGCCAUGCCUUUGCACCGGGGCCAGGCCUCGGCGGAGAUGCUCACUUUGACAAGGAUGAGUACUGGACGGAUGGUGAGGACUCAGGAGUGAACUUCCUGUUUGUUGCCACUCAUGAACUUGGCCACUCUCUGGGUCUGGGUCACUCUUCUGUUCCCAGUUCUGUGAUGUACCCUACCUAUCAAGGAGAUCAUUCAGAAGACUUCAGUCUUACAAAGGACGACAUUGCAGGCAUCCAGAAGUUAUAUGGAAAGAGGAACAAGCUGUGAUAGAUGCAGACAGUUUCUGGAAUGAGCAAACGCCCUUCCUGAGCCACACUUACUCCUUUCUUCCUUGUACUGUGGAUGGGUUUUGCACAUCCCUCUGAGGGUCAUUUUGAUGGAAUGAGUCUGACAAAUCUCAGGUAACACGACAGACACCAGCAAUAAAUGUCAUGUGACAUCAGCAAUAAAUGUCAUGUGUGCAAAUAA